AUGGCCCCUCCCAAGCGCGCCCUCAUCGCCGUCACCUCGGCCCACGCGCCGCUGUACCCGGACAACAAGGAGACGGGCUACUUCAUCACCGAGGUGCUGCACCCGUACAAGGUCUUCAAGGAGGCCGGCUUCGAGGUCGACCUGGCCUCCGAGACGGGCAAAGGCCAGCCCGACUGGCUCUCGCAGACGGACGACUGGCUGCCCGCCGAGGACCGCAAGAUCUACGAGGACAAGUCGGGCGAGUUCCGCCAGAAGCUCGACAACAUGCUCAAGGCGAGCGAGGUCGACCCGUCCAAAUAUGGCAUCUUCUUCGCGUCUGCGGGCCAUGCCUCGCUGAUUGACUACCCUGAUGCCAAGGGCCUGCAGUCAAUCGGUUCCAAGAUCUGGGCUGACAACGGCAUUGUCUCCGCGGUCUGCCACGGCGGAGCCAUCUUCCGCGGUAUCGUCGACAACAAGACUGGCAAGUCCGUCAUCAAUGGACGAACCGUCACCGGCUUCACUACCAAGGGUGAGGAGGAAGAGGGCGUCCUCGAUACCAUCAAGUCGUGGAACCGCCCUACCAUUGAGGCUACUGCUGCCAGUCUCGGAGCCCACUACGUCUCGCCUCCCGGCCCGUGGGACGCCUUCACCAAGACCGACGGCAACCUCGUCACGGGCGCCAACCCGGCCAGUGGGCACGUCACGGCCGAGGCCGCCGUCGAGGCUUACAACAAGCUCUAA